UAGACUGCCACGGCAACAAAGGCUUAUGUGUGGGUACAUGCUUAAGGGUAGUGUUACGGUCAUGCUUAAGGUUAUUACGGUCAGUGUAUUUUAACAUGAAAAGGCGGUGUGCUUGAGCCGACAUUAUCCUGCGAAGAAGCUCUGCCUGACAGGCUAAUCCCAGGGAAAAUCGACACCGGUGCUGCUUCCUGAGUGCUGUCUCUGUGGCGGAAGAAGAUGGCUGACAACGGUGGGCCCGUCGCAACGAAAAGAUGCGAUUCUGGCUCCAUGUCCUCAGUGAGUAUGGAGACUAUCUCGGCCCUAACGGAGCUGGAGGACCUGGAGAAAGUUUAUCAGCAGCUCUGCGUGGAGGAGAAAGAAGUGGAGGCUGAGCUGGACAGACUGGUGGGACAAGAGGGGACCAUUCACACGAAGAUGCUGGCACUACAGAGGAUGGGGCCCAACCUACAGCUGAUUGGAGGAGAUGCCAGUCAGCUGUCAGGUAUGAUCACAUUUACCUGCAACCUGGCUGAGAACGUCAGCCGCAAAGUCAGACAGCUGGACCUGGCAAAGACACGGCUGUAUAACGUCAUCCAGCGUGCUGAUGAUAUCCUUGACCUGAAGUUCUGCACAGACGGCGUGCAGACAGCCCUGCGUAAUGAAGAUUACGAACAAGCUGCUGCCCACAUCCAUCGAUACCUUUCUCUGGACCAGUCGGUUAUUGAGCUGAGCAGGCAGGGAGAAGAAAGCAGUGCCGUGGACGCCAGUCUGAUAAUGCUGCAGGAGGCAGAGCAGAAACUGAAGGUCAUCGUAGCUGAGAAGCUGGAUGAAGCUGUAGCAGCAGUUGAUCUAGCGCAGGUGGAGAGGUUCUUUAAGAUCUUCCCUCUGUUGGGCCUCCACCAGCAGGGCCUCGCCCGCUUUGGACAAUAUCUCUGCACUCAGCUUGCCUCCAAAGCUGAAGAGAACCUGCUCUUAGCUACAGGAGGAGAUCUGGGCGAGAAGAGAGCACCACUGGUGUUUGCUGACACUCUGACACUUUUACUAGAAGGCAUCGCUCGUGUUGUUGAGACUCAUCAGCCUAUUGUGGAGACGUAUUACGGUCCGGGCCAUCUGUACACGCUCAUCACUCACCUGCAGCAGGAAUGUGACCGACAGGCGCAGAAAAUAGUUGAUAAGUUCAUCCAGCAGAGAGGAUACCACAACAAGUUUCAGAUUGUCCAGAAUAGCAUGAUGAAGAGCGUGCCAGGGGAGAGGAUCGAGCCCAGGGAACUGGACCCUGUACUGUCAGAAGUCACCCUGAUGAAUGCGAGGGCGGAGCUCUACCUGCGCUUUUUACGUCGUCGCAUGAUGGCCGACUUUGAAGUCGGGGAUGCUCAAAGCAUCACACAGGAGCAUCAGCAGAAUGUGGAGAAGCUACUGAAACACUGUUUGCUGAGCACGACGAUGCAGGAGCUGAUUGGCUACUACAUUCCAAUGGAAGAGUACUACAUGAGAGAGUCUGUUAACAAGGCUGUUACUAUGGAUGCAUACGAAAAGGGUCAGCUGACCUCCAGCAUGGUGGACGACUGUUUCUACAUCGUAAAGAAGUGCAUCAGUAGAGCUUUAUCCAGCUCCAGCAUCGACUGUCUGUGUGCUAUGAUCAACCACGCUAACUCUGUGCUGGAGUCCGACUUCAGGGAGGUGUUGUAUAAUAAGCUCCGGCAGGGCUUCCCCGCUACGACGCUUCAGGACAUCCAGCGUGGCGUCAGCAGUGCAGUCAGUCUGAUGCAGAGCAGCUUACAGCAGGGCAAGUUCAACACACUGGGCAUUGAGAGUGCUGAGCACGCCAAGGCUGCUUUUCUGGUGACUCUGAAUAAUGUUGAGGUGUGUAGUGAGAAUAUCACAACUCUGAAGAGGAAUCUGGAGAAUGACUGUUCCAAGUUGUUCAGUCAGGGUGCCGGUCCUGGCGAACAAGCCAAGAUUGAAAGCUGUCUGUCCGACCUCGUCAACACAUCCACCAAGUUCAAGGAUCUUUUACAGGAGGGCCUGACUGAGUUAAACACAACAGCCAUAAAGCCUCAAGUCAAACCCUGGAUCAGCUGCUUCCUGUCCAUCUCACACAACAUAGAGGAGGAGGAGUUCAAUGAUUAUGAAGCGAAUGACCCCUGGGUGCAGCAGCUCAUCGUUAACUUGGAGCAGCUCAUGGGGGAGUUCAAGACGGCCCUCUCCCCUGUCAUCUAUGACACCCUGACCAGCCUGAUGACCAGCUUGAUAUCUAUUGAGAUGGAGAAGACGGUCCUCAAGUGCUCGUUCAGCAGGCUGGGAGGGCUGCAGUUCGAUAAAGAGCUUCGGUCUCUUGUGGCAUACCUCACCACUGUGACCACCUGGACCAUUAGGGAUAAGUUUGCUCGUCUCACACAAAUGGCCACAAUCCUCAACCUGGAGCGGGUAACUGAGAUCUUGGAUUACUGGGGCCCAAACUCUGGCCCCCUGACGUGGCGGCUGACCCCGGCGGAGGUGCGUCAGGUUCUGGCCCUGCGUGUCGACUUCAGAAGUGAGGAUAUCAAGAGGCUGCGACUGUAACUUAUCAGCGAUUGUGCUGCAGUACCCACCUUGUGAUGCAUUUCACUAAAGAGCUCUGCACAAUCUAGGUUUCUGUAAAUGGAUGUGGGCAGGGUGCGGGGCAAAUGGCUGAGGGUUUCUUUUUUGUUGGAAACAAAACCGCUCGUUGUUGCUCUUUCAGGAGAUUUCAGUCGGGUUUUCAGACUCUGUUGCCUUCUGCUCCACACCCGGCGAUCCGUCAGUCUGUAUUAGAGUUACAGCUGAGCUUUUUUAAAGGCAGGGUUUGAGGCUAUGUGGCAGGGAUGGUGAACUAUUUGAUAUGAAUGAUCUGUAAAAUACGAGACUAUUCUUAAAUGUGUAAUUAAAAAGUGUAAAUCUGUAA